AUGACAGCCGCAUUUACACCUGCUAGUCGUAUUUACCAAGGCAGUGUCAUUAUUGAAAAUAAAAUAUACUUUUUAGGUGGUUUAAAUAUUGCAAACGUUGGCACUAGUGAUUUAUUUUAUUUAGAUAUUUCAUCACCAUUUAGCACUGAAAAUCUUAGGUGGUCAAAUCUUGCACCUAUUCCUGUUAAGAGUGCGUUCUCGCCUUCUUGCCUUGGUGGAAGUAAUAAUUCUACCAUAUUUCUAUUUGAACAUCGUAAUACAGACAAUGUUAAUUCGUCUACUUUAGUGAUGUUUACCUUUGAUAUAAUAAAUCAAAAAUGGGAUGCACCGCAUACAUUGGGAAGUGCGCCAUCUUCGAGACAAAAUAUGGAUGCAGUUGUUGAUAAGAAUGAUAAUUCUACUAUUAUUAUUUAUGGUGGUGGUUCUAAUAAUUUUACAAAAAGCCCAUAUCCGUCUUUGGCAGCAUUAGAUACAAGUGUUGAGCCUUACAAAUGGUCUGAAAUAAUAUCUAACGCGGGUAAAGGAUUUGAUUUGGCAACUGCUCCUAAUAAUGAUGUCUAUAUUUUAGACACCUCAAGUCAUACAUGGGUUAAAUCUUUUGAUUUAAGUACAAUUUCUAAUCCAUCAAAUAUCUCCGAUAAACUUAAAUUAGUUAUUGGCCUUAGUAGUGGCUUGCUUGCAUUAAUUAUUAUUGCAGGUAUCAUAGGUUACAUUUGUUAUAGGAGACGCCCUAAUUAUAUUGCUACUCCAGGUACAGAUACAGAUAAUCAUAAUUAUAUUGCUACUCCAGGAACGGAUAAUCGCGAACGUG